AUGAAGACUGCUAUCAUCCUCGCUGCUGCUGCCUCGUCGGCUUUUGCCGCUGAGUGCGAGCUCACCCAGUUCAUGCCGCUUCUCCCGAUCGCGACGGACGCGAACGGCCCGUUCGUGAAGUGCGCCGCGGACAUCAAGAAGCCCGUGACCACUAUCAUGGUGCCGUCGUGGAUCCCGGAGGACCUUGCCACGGUCAAGCUCUUUGGCGCCUCGGAGAACUGCAAGAACUUCUUCUCGACCGUCACUAAGCACAUGGCCACGAUUGCGCCGCCGUGCACGCUGACGCAGAAGACGGGCCCCACGACGACGGAUGUCGCUGCCAAGCUCAGCUUCGACCAGGCCGUGAAGGGCUGG